CAUUAUCUCCUUAAUCAUGUAAAGUGCCUAGAACAAGAAUGUAAUGGUUAUAUUAUCGGAGUUAUUGUCAUAAACCUUUGUCCCAUACUAUAGCCAGUGACCGAAUUGUAAGGCUACUUUCUGUGCGUGUUUGCUUUAAUAUUUUGUGCUUACACAUUAUCCGUUGGGGGUGUGUGCUUAAUCAGAGUGAGGCUAGGGGCCUAGAAGGAACGUUUUGGUAGCCAGGGUCAACUUGACAUUGAGUGAGUGCAGGUACAGCAGAGAGGAGGGGAGAAGAGGCAGGGCAAAGUCCCGCAUUUCAUAAACUUUGAAGAGGAAUAUCUUUGAGAGAACUGGGCUGCUAGGUCUGAUGAUGAAAAAUCAAAAUGUCUCAUCCGCUCAAGAAUUUGGAAUUGGAAUUUCAUACAAUGCCAUUGGACAUGUUUGAUUUCUAAUGUUAAUAGGACAAUAUUCAAUCUUGGCACAUUUUUCGAUUUCGGAGUUUAUUUUGUAUCUCUCAAAAACGUUUGGACGUUGAUUUUGGUUGACAGACUUUUUCUCCAUCUAUCUUUCUUCUGAUCUUUUCGAGUUUGGAUUUCAAAAUGAAUCGGCUUGGGCCUACUCCCGGCGGCCCACGUCGUGGGAGCAUGGCCGUGACUGGCUCCCCGUUAUCACCAGAGGCUGCUAAGAAUAUGCAUCGCCGUGUGAGUUUGGCAUUGGAUUUAGGUGACCUUGGGGGAAUGCCAAGCAGGCGCCAUUCUACCAUUGAUGAAGAUUCAGAGGGACAAAAAUCCCCUUAUUCCUCUGGAAAUAAAUGGAAACCACUUCAGGAUAGUUUGAAAUUUGUGGAUAUAUUGAACUCACUCAAAGAUGAACAGGAACGAGUCCAGAAGAAGACGUUCACAAAUUGGAUCAACUCCUACCUCUCAAACUAUGAACCUCCACAGAAAGUCGUGGACCUCUUCGUCGACAUCAAAAAUGGGGUGAUGUUGCUACAGCUCCUUGAGGUUCUCUCAGGGGAGCCCUUGCCACAAGAGAAGGGUAAGAACCUCAAGAGGGUACAUUUCAUCAACAAUGUCCGACGAGCCCUGGAAUUCCUCGAGAGUAAAAAGAUCAAACUUGUAAAUAUCAACCCAUCCGACAUCGUCGAUGGCAAACCUUCCAUUGUCCUUGGUCUCAUUUGGACCAUCAUUUUAUACUUUCAAAUUGAGGAGACGGCCUACAUCACAAGCCAGAUGGAAGAUGGCCAAGAAGGGAGUGGCUCAGCUCUUCAAAAGUUCAAAAUGUCUGCCAAGAAAGCCCUGCUGGUGUGGGCGGAAAAGUCAAUCACAGACAAAAGUGGCAUUCCUGUCAAAGAUUUUGGCAAAAGUUGGCGAGAUGGUAUCGCAUUCAACGCGCUGGUGCAUGGUGUCCGUCCAGAUAUUAUCGAUUUAGAUGAUCUUGAGGGAAAGACCAACCGGGAGAAGCUCGAGAACGCCUUCUCGAAAGCUGAGGCCCAUUUGGGCAUUCCAAGAUUGCUUGAUGCAGAAGAUGUUGAUGUGGAGAAGCCGGAUGAAAAGUCCAUCAUGACCUAUGUAGCCCAGUUCAUGAAGGCUUAUCCAGAUCCAGAUAACAUCGAUGCGAAGCGACCACAACAUCCACUCAAAUCGCUCGUACCCUUCCUCGAGUGCUACCCGGGCCUGGCGGGAGCGUUUCCGAACCUGGAGCUGCUCGCGAAUGUCAAGGUCGACCCCAGAAAAGCCGCUGAGGCAGAGAGGAAACUAUACGAUGAAAUCGGACAUUGGCUGGACCAAACUGAUGAUGGCCUCCGCAGUAAACUAGACGCACCUAUCAAGGACAGGAAUGCUGAAUACGAAGCCCUUCAAGCGUUGAAAAAGGAGGCCAAACAGUAUGAAGAAGGUUACACGAAACUGAAGCAGCUCCAGCAGACGGGGAAGGCCCUGAACAUCUCCGACGACGACAUGAUCGCCCUGAAGAACCACUGGGAGAAGACCAUGGAUAAUAUCAAGGCGAUGCAGAAGAGAUUAGACAAGGGGUUGCCCGGCGACUUGGGGGAUAUCGCCAGGUGGUUAAUCGAUGCCGAAGACCUGGUUUACGGCGAUGUUGUACCUGAGGGAAUGAGUAACGAGGAGGCGGCCGCGGCACUGAAGGACAAGAUGGAUAAACAUAAGCUCACGUUCAAAGAUGCCGACGCAAUGCGAAAAGCCUUCAACAAGAUAAAACAGGAGGGCAAAAUAAACGGCGUGGAGAUUCCAAAAGAUCAGCUCGAUGACCUUGGAAAGAGACUGAGCAAGGUCGUCUUGGUCGCCCCGCACGUCUUGAAGAAGAUCGAGUACGAAGAGGUGAAACAUCGCGCUCUUGGUCUUCUUGACGGUGCUGAGGAUAAGUUGAAUGGUUGGAGUGACCGAUACGGUAAUGAGGACGAGGUCAAUGAUAUGGUCGAUGAUUACAAGAACUUUGUCGAAGGGAAAAGACUCAACAGCACCAUCGACCGCACGCUUCAGGAAUUAAAACGGGCGACAGACGCCUACAAGAAACAAGUGGUCGACCCUAAAGACUCGGAGGAAAUCCAAAAAGCUGAGGCGCUCUUGAACGAAGCGAAUAGCCGCUGGAAGCCAAUGGCGUCCGACCUGAAAAGCUGCCAAGGCACGCUGGACAAGGCCCAGAAGAACUGGAAGAAGUAUUCGGGCCUGGUGGAUGAGUUCCAGGCCUACCUGCCCCAAGCGGAGAAGGCACUCAAUGGUACACCAGAGGAGAGAGCUGCUUUCUUUGCCGACAUCGGCAAGUGGCAGGAGAAGAAUCGACUCCUGAAUGAGGCUGGUGACUUCCUGACGGACGUAUCCACUGAUCCUGUCGCUGCUGAAAUCAAACAGAUGCUCGCUAAUAUCAACAGGCGGUUCAAGGAAUGCGGCGAUACAAAACAAGAAGUUGAGAGGCAAGAGACCGUGGAGAAGACGCGGUCCGAAUACAAACUUGGCGUGGGCAAGAUCGCCGACUGGUUGGAUAACGUGGAGGGACUACUGGAGAAGGAGAUACCGUGUGAUUAUCAGUCGAUCAAGGACCUACUCCAGGGACUUGAGGAUGCCAACGCCCAGGUUGAGCAGGUCCAGACCGAGUUCAAAAUGAUGUCGAAACUCGGCCAAUCUCUGGUCAAAGACAGCUCGCAAGAAGUCAUCAACAAAAUGUUAGGGACUCUCAAAGUGUUGAAGGAGAGGAUCAUCAAGGUGCAGAAGGAGCUGCCCGACGCCAUUCGGGGUCUGAAGGGCCUGCUGCCGAAUGUCGAAUCUCUUGAGGCCGGAAUCUCAGACGUCUCUCAGUGGCUCGAAAGUGCCGAGGCAAUCUUGAACGGCCAUCUUGUCGACGGCAACAUGCAGAAGACUGCCGAGGAACUGGAGAAACAUAAGGCCCUCUUUGCCGAGACCACCUACUACAAGUCCAUGCUGGACAACAAGAACAAAGUCUUCCAGAAAAUCCCCAAGGCCAAGGUCAAGAACGUUGAUCACAGUCAACUUGAGCAGACCAUGCAAGAUCUCAAUGAAAGGUUCAAGCAAUGUUCCAGUGACGCCAAACAUUGGGAGGAAACUUUAGACAAGGCCAUGAAACUUUGGCGGAAAUUCUAUCAGCAGUCCGGGCCAUGCGAGGAAUGGCUUCUGGAAGCUGAUCGAAUUCUUGCCAAUAAAAAUGAGCCUCUCGGUGAUUUGAUUCAAGAACACGUGGAUUAUUUCAAGCAUAAUUUUGACCCCGAGAUGCUGCAGAACCUCACAGUCACCGGGAAAGCGUUAAUGGAUUUGAUCCAUGACGACAAACGCUUAGAUCUGCAGCGUCAGUUAGCCAAUUUACAGGCUCGUUGGAAGAAUGUUGUGUUCAAUGCACCCAUUCGUCAGAUGAAACUCGAGUUUGCGGAGCCAGAAGAAACAUUCCUACACAACGUUGAGGCAGCUGAGAAGAUAUUGUCGGAGGAACAAGGACAAAUAGAUCGCCAUGACGAUCUCUUGCCCAUCUUGGAGAGACACAAGGAGGUGUUUCAACAGAGCAGCUUCGUCCCGACGUGCGAGAAGUGUCUUAGCGACAUGAACAUUAUCUGUGAUAGUUUGUACAAAUAUCAUCCCGAGGAUGAGACGCUGAAGGAGUCGUGCGACGCCCAUCAACAAAGAUGGCAGACGGUCGGCAGUGACAUCGAUAAAAUGUAUACCUACCUCAAGUCAAUGCCGCAGAAAUGGGACGAGUAUAAUGCCAAAAUUGAACAGUUUGAGAACUGGAUGGCAGACACAGAAAGUUCCAUCCUUGACCUUCAACAGGAGACAGAAUCUGGUGACGAAUACAAGUCAAAGGUCAAAGUGUUCAAGAAUCUCGUUAACGACAUCGACGGCAAACGCGAUGACGUCAAAACGCUAAUUAACCAAUUAGACACGCUGUUGAAGGAGUAUUCGGAUGACGAGGCAUCCCCACACCAUGCGAAGCUGGAAGCUGUGAUAAACAGGUACAAGAAAUUGAUGCCCGAGGUCGAUUCAACAGACGACAUCGUCCAAACGAAGGUGCAGUGUUACGAUUAUAAAGAGGAUGUGGAGAAGAAGAAGGAUUGGUUGGGGGAGACGAAGAAAUCUCAGGAGUCGGACGAUCCGUAUGACGAUAUCGAGAAGGUGCGAAAGGCACUCGAUGAACAAGAGAAACUAAUGGCCCGACUCGACUCUGAGAAGCCCGGUGUAUACUCUGAAAUAGAAGCGGGCAAAUCUCUCAGCAAGCAACAGGGUGCUACAGGCUUUAUGCCUGAAACUGUCCAAGAACUAGAGGCUGACUGGAAUGACACGGCUACAUUAGCGGACAAGAAACAUCAGAAAUUAAAGGAUCAUCUUCAUCGGUUUGAAGACUACAAAGGUGCUAGAAAUAAGAUUCUGGACUUCCUGAAGAAUGCUGAGAAUGAGUGCAUGAGGAGUCCGUCACCUGGCAGUGGCCAGGAUAACCUGCAGAAACAGCUCAAGGCAAAAGAGCAAUUCCUCGAAAAUCUACGAGAACUUGGUCCAAUUAUCGAGGAGAUGGAGGCACUAAAUAACGAGCUCCAAACCGACGCGUCGGACAAAGGCAAGUCAAAGCUUCAAGAUGAGCUCGACGGUCUGAGCCACCGUCUCCAGAACGUCUCAGACAACCUCAACGACAAAGCAGACGAACUCGACAACCUGAACAACAAAUGGUUCGACUUCUACCAGAAAAUGGACGAUUUUGGCUCCUGGUUGAGCGAUAGUGACGAACGUCUGCAGAAGGCGAUGGACCCGAGAAUCUCCCCCGAGGAGCAGUACAACAAGGCGAAGGUCAUCUGCUCGGAAAUUUACGACAACCACGAAGCUUUAGAAGACAUUGAAAAACUCGCACGCGAACUGACGCAGAAUUACCGAUCUCGUGAGAACGCGCCGAUCAAAUCGAAGUUGGCGACGAUGCGGAAACAAUGGGAGACGCUGUGCGGUCGGGCGAAGGAGAAGAAUCAGUCUCUUUCCACGAACGUUACACACUGGCAGGUGUACCAGAAUAAACUGCAGCUGCUAAUGCCGUGGAUAGAAGGAGCGCAGAAGUAUUUGAAUUCCGAGGUAGCGAAGUGUGGGUCGUUGGAAGAUGCACAGGAUCUGUACGAUAAACACCAGGCCUUCCUCUCCGAACGAGAUGAGAACAAUGACAUCUUCGAAAAGCUGAACGAAGAGGCAAGCUACAUCACCGACCAACCAACCGUCCAGGCGGAACUACAGAAACUCAAUCGCAAGUGGAAUAACUUGAUGGUCCAAUCAGACGACAGGACGCUCAAGAUCGACAAGGCUUACAGCCAAUGGGAAGGCUACGAUAAAGACUGUAAGACGUUCGACGAAAUGGCCGAGAAAAUGAAGGCGACGCUUGUGAAAGAGCCAAACUACGACAGUAUUUAUAUUCCUACACUUGAACAAGAGUUGUCCAGCUGCAAGGCCCUCCAGGAGGAGCUACGCAGUCAGACUCCACGCUACAACGCGAUGGUGCAGAGCUUCCAGACGGUCAAGCCAAUGAUCAAUCCAGCAAGUCUACCAAAAAUCGAGGAUGCUCAAAAGACUCGCAAAAAUCUCUGGGAAGACCUGAAUAAAGAGGUCGCCGACAGGAUCGACAAGUUGAACGGGUUGAUCGACGAGCGUAAAACCAUGUACGACAAAAUGGAUGACUUUGACAAAUGGUCCAACAAAAUGCACAAGAAGAUCAUUGCGAAUAAGGAGAUCUACGCUGAUGAGGUUGUGGAAAACCAGGCCAGGUUACAUGAUAUGAUCGAUGAAUGCAAUGAUCAUGAGCCUGACUUCAACCAGUUAACCGACGAGAUCAAAGAAUUGAUAAAACAUGCUUCCCCUGAAGAUGCCAAGGUCCUCCAAGAGAAACUAACGCACAUGAUGUCAUUCUACGGCGACAUCGAUGACACGUUAGCUGGCCGGUCGGAGCUGUGCGAGAAAUGGGACGAAUACUACACGACGCGGAAAGAGGCGGAAGACCGAAUGAAGGAACUUGAAGAAAAGAUCAAGUCGCCGGAUUUCAACAAAGCGGAUGCGCCAAAGGUUGUCGCCGAGAUCGAGGCGAUCAAAGCCAAGCUCAGCCAAUGGGACGGUAAGAGUUCCGAGCUGGACGACAUGAUGGAGAAAUCGCACUUGAAGAUUAAGGAGCGAGGCGGGUCGCAGAAGGGGGUCAAGUUUGGUGAUGAGGUGCAGAUCAUGUUCACAAAGGUCGAUGACGUCAUGUCUUCCCUCAGUCAGAAGGAGGCCCAUUUGGACCAGGUCGACGGACUGAUGUCCGAGUUCCUUGAAAAGAAGGAGGCACUACUGGGUUGGUUAGGGGAUGCCGACCAGAGAGCUGAAAUGAUUCGAUUGGCUGAGACAAGUCCUGAAGGAGUGCAGGCACUCAAGAAGGAAUUGCGGCACCUUGGCAAGGACAUUUCGGCCCACUCCCCCGAGUACCAACAGCUGAAAGAGCUGGCGGAACAGCUGGCAAAAUCAGACCCCGCGAAGGCAGCAGAGAUCAUGGCGAUGUUAGCUGAGGUCGAGAAGGCCUGGGAAGGUCUGGAUACGGAGGUCACUGAAAAAGAGGCGCAGGCAGAAUCUGCUGAACAGAUGAUGGUAAAAGUUAUGGAUGCAGAGGCAUCGCUUAGCAAGCUCCUGUACGGUAUUGAACCGGUCAUGUCUGGUGACCUCGCUCAUCCCACCGAGGGACACACUAAGGACAACUUGGAGAAACAUAAGCUCGCCGAACUAGAUAUGGUGAACAGCCAAGAGGAGAUGGACGCGUUGAAUGCCAAGGUUGCUCAACUCCUUGAGGAAGGCAAGAAUAUCCCUGGCUUUGACGGCACAGCCCUGAAGGAGAGGUUGGCCGUGAUCAACGACAAGUGGCAGACAUCACAGGAGAAAAUUGCAGAGAACAAGAACAACCUCGACUCCCAGAUGUCGUACUGGGACCAGAUCAAAGCCACCGAGGACGAGUUGACCAACUGGCUCGACGGCACCAUGGGCCGGCUCGAGGACAGCGCGGCAAAGUUUGACGAUGUCGCAAAUGUGGAGGGGAAAGUCGACAAGUACAAGGGUGAAUUGCCUUACUAUGCCGAAAAGGCUAAGGAACUCCGAGCAAAGAUCACAGAACUGGAAGCCCUCGGUGGAGGCAAGGAAUUAGAACCUCUGAAAGCCCUACUGGUUGAAAUCGAGGGGAAAUUCGCCAGGGCCCAGGACGUUGCCGAGACCCUUGAAGACAAGGUGGAGGAUUAUACGCAGCGGCGUAACAGCGUUACCGACGAGAUGGACGAGUUGAAUGUUCAGAUUGCCAAGGCAAGAGAGGAGCUGGCUAAGUGUGACGACCUCUCUGGGACACCCGAGGAGAUUGCGGCACGUCUUGCGAAAGCUCGAGAGAUUCACAAGAAACUGAAAAAAGACGAAGACAGAUUGGCCGAGCUCAAGGGCGACCUGACCUCCCUGAACUCGGAAUUCGACAUGGCCACCGAGGCUCAAACGCUCGCUAAGGAUGGCACCGUGCUCGCCAAGAAAUAUGACAACACCAUGCAGCGCGCCGAGAAAGUCGGCGAGGGGCUCGAGACUGCUUUGGAGCAGCAGCACCAGGAGGCGCAGCAUGAUCAACAGCGCUGGUUGAACGCGGCGACGGAGAAGGUCGCGUGGUGCGGCGACAUCUCCGGUGAUAAAUACAGUAUUGAGGCGAAGCUGGCGACCAUUAAUGAGCUGCUGGCCAACCUCAGAGAUGGCGAAGGCAAGACAGAGCUGCUUGCUGAGAAGGCGCGUCUGCUCAAAUCUGUCCUUCCUCCAGAGAAGGCCGCUCUGAUUAACGAACAAACACUCUCCUGUCAAGACAACUGGAAGGAGUUUGUUGACAGUCUUAAAGCUACAAAGACUGAGCUUGAAGGUGCUAUGGACCAAUUCAAGGAGUACGAUGCGUUGAAUGAGGACUUGUCCCAGUGGCUGAAGGACACCGAGAUGACGGUCCGCUCUGAUUCGAACCUCAAACCGGAUCUUAAGAGCAAGCAAGAACAACUGGAGAAGUUCAAGAAACUCGGCCAAGAUGUUCAAAUCCAUAAAUCAGAGGUAGCUGACAUCAUGCAACAGGCUAAGGAAAUCACCGAUACCACUCACGAUCAAAGGGUGUCGACCUACGCUAACCAACUGAACACAAGAUAUGGCAACCUCGCAGGAAAUGUCACAGAUUUCGUCGAGAAGUUCGAGCAGAAUUGCGAGGAUCAUGAGAAUUAUGCCGAGAAUUAUCGAGCCUGUUCCGAUUGGUUGAAGACGGCUAAGGAUCGUCUGAACACUUGCAAGGACCCGACGGGCGACCGCGAGGCCAUACAGGCAAAACUUGAUGCCGUCAAGGACAUGGUCCAUAAUAAGGAAGUCGGCAUGGCCAAGUUCAACAGUACGAUCGAAGGUGGCGAAAAGCUCUACCCAACCACCGCAGCAGACGGUCGCGAAAUCAUCCGUCAGGAGCUCCGUAACCUACGCGACACCUGGGAAACAUUUGCUGACGACCUGAACGAGACCCAACGCGAUAUCGAGACGCAGUUGAUGCAAUGGACGUCAUACGACGACAGCUUUGACAUGCUCGCUAAAUGGCUCGACGACAUGGAGCGCGAUCAGUUGACCUUGGUAGAGGCCAAGGACACGCUACCGGAAAAGAAGUCAAUGCUUCAACAUUACAGGAAUCAAUACCAAGACAUUCUGUCCCAUGAGACAAUCAUAGACAGCGUCUCGGACAAGGCAGAGACACUCGCCAUGCCUAAUGUCGCCCACAGGAUGGAACAGGUCAAAGCUAGAUAUAACAAGCUCUGUGACACGGGCAAGGAUAACGUUAAACUUUGUGAGAAGUAUGUCGCCCAGCACCAGGGUUACCAGGACAGCUACCACCAGGCCCGUGAUUGGCUUCAUGCGAUAUCCGACAGGCUGGACACUUGCACGGAUAGCGCAACCGACAAGCAUACCUUACAGACCAGGCUCGACAGAGUACAGGAUCUUGUGACUUCCCUCCAAGAAGGCGAGGCCAAGAUUAAGGUCGCCAAGGAGGAAGGAGGCAAGACUAUUCCGCAAACUGCUUCAGACGGCCAGGUGGUCAUCCGCAAAGAGUUGGAGAUGUUGGAAGCUGACUGCAGUCAGUUUAAAGAGAAGUCGUCCGACGCCCAAGACACUUUGGAAAGGACUUUGAACUCUCUACAAGAUUAUGACGAUACUUACGACAAUUUGAAUCACUGGAUCCGUGAUCUUGAGGCGCAGAUUCGCGAUCAUGAGCUCAUGUCAACGUUGCCCGAGAAGAUGGACCAGGUCGAGAAAUUCAAGGCGUUGCAGCAGGAAAUCCUUGACAAGCAGCCUGACUUCGAUGACCUCAACGAAAAGGCCAACCAUCUGAAGGGCAGUGAAUCUCGCUUGGCCACAUAUGCCAGUCAACUCAACAGUCGAUAUCAGACGCUCAAGAACAACGUCAAGGAUGUGAUCACAAAAUGGGAAGACUUUGUCGGUGAACAUCAGACGUACGUCGAGAACUACGAGACGACAUCUGAUUGGCUGAACAAUCUCCAGCAUCGCCAGAGCGACUGCAUGGAUACGACAGGUGACAAACAUGUGAUCGAGGAGCGUCAGACGAAACUCCACGACAUCGCCAUGGAAAAAGAUGGCGGCAUCUCGCGUAUUCAUCAGACGGUAGAAUCGGGCGAACGACUCUACCCCAACACUGCUGCUGUAGGCCGCGAUCAGAUCAGACAUGAACUCAGGACACUGAGGGAGCAGUGGGAUGGUUUCUGCGACCAGAUCUCUGACACCCAACACAAACUCGACACCUGUAUCCACCAGUGGUCCUCCUAUGACGACAGCUAUGAUCAGUUCACAAGGUGGAUGAACGAGGCCGAAGGGAAGAUGACCCUGGCAGACGAACUCCACGCCACGCUCCCAGAGAAAAAGGCGCAGCUACAGAACCACAAAGUCCUGCAUCAGGACAUCUUGUCGCAUCGCCACACAGCAGACGCCCUGACCGAUAAAGCACAUGCGCUAAUCCAAGCCACCUCUGACCCGCGCGUGAAAGAUUUGGUCGCGAACAUGACCAAGCAGUAUGCCCAGUUGUGUGACAAGUCAAAAGGUCUCCAGCAUAAGUAUGAGCAGAACGUUGCCGAGCAUCAGACGUAUCAGGAUGUCAACCAAGAUUGUUUGGAAUGCUUGAAUAUUCUCAAGGAGAGGACGAGUGCCUGUGCUGAUACAUCAGGCGACAAACACACUGUCCAGAUCCGACUGGACAGACUCAAGGAUGUCGCCACUCUGAAGAAAGAAAGUGAAACCAAACUUCAGCAUCUCAAAGACUGCAUCAACAAAGUUGAACCAAAUGCGUCCAAACCUGGCCAAGAGAUCCUGAAACAAGACCUCCUGACUGUCGAAUCUGAGAAUGGCGUCUGCUCCGAAAUGAUGGAUGAGGCGAAGACAAGUUUGGAGAAAACACUGAGCCUUUGGCAAGAUUACGACGACAGUUACGACGCAUUGUCUGGAUGGAUAAAGAACAUGGAGCACAAGACCCGAGAUUAUGAGUUGAAAUCGACAUUGAAGGAGAAACAGGAGCAGGUCGAGAAAUUCAAGGCUUUGAAGGAGGAGAUCAUCGCAAAGGAAGCAGACGUCGAUGAGUUCCAGGAUAAGGCGCAGGCGUUGAUGGAUGAGACGUCUGAUGCGCGUCUGAACACAUACGUCAUGCAGCUCACCAACAGAUAUCAUGCAUUGUUGAAUACUGUCAAGGAGCUGAUCACCAAGUGGGACCGCUACGUCGACGACCAUAUUGUCUACGAAGACAACUACCACGUCUUUGUCGAUUGGCUCAGCGCCGCUGAAGAAAAACUCGACGACUGCGCCGACACGUCUGGCGAUAAGGAAGCAAUCGAAGAAAAGAAACAAGUCGUGCAGAGUCUCAUGCUCGAGAAGGAACACGGGUUGAUGAAGCUGAACUCCGCCAUCGAAACUGGUGAGAAGCUGUACCCGGAUACCGCUGCCGCUGGCAGGGAGAAGAUCAGACAGGAGCUCCGCACCGCCAAAGAGGAUUGGGAUCACUUGCUGAAUGGACUCAACGACGCUUCGCGCAAGUUCGAGUCGUAUCUGAAUCAGUUGGAGUCGUAUUCCGAGACGCAAGACCAGCUGGUGAAGUGGAUUAACGAUACGGAGCAGAUGAUGGUGAAUGAUAAGGAGCUCAAGAAUACCCUUGUGGAGAAACGUGAGCAACUUCAUCAGAGAAGGGCCUCCCUCCAAGAUAUCAACUCGCACCACCGAGUCGUCGAUGCGGCCAUCGAGAAAGCCCAAAACCUCCAACAGGGGGCACCAAGCGAGAAACUCUCCCAAUUCAUCCACGACGUCAGCUCAAAGUACGAGAACCUUAAAUCUCUGGCGAAGGAAGCGAUCCAGGAAUCCGAGCAUCAGGUCCUGCACCACCAGCAGUAUCACGACUCGUUCCAGACUGCUAGCGAUUGGCUGAAUCUGAUGAAGGAUCGAGCCGCCAUGUGUAAUGAUGUGGCGGGCGACAAGCAUGCUGUACAGAAUCGAUUGGAUCGUCUCAAGGACCUGCUCAAAAGUAACCCAGAAGGUGAGGAGAAGAUCCAGGCGUGUGUCUCACUGGCUGAGCAGACGUCUGAUGAAACAGCCCCAGGAGGCAAGCAGACGAUCAACCGCGAGGUGGAGAGCCUGAAACAGGACUGGGAGGACUACACCAACAUGUUGAACGGGUCUGAAGACGCCUUGAAUAAGUGUUUGGAGCAGUGGGGACAUUACGAAGACAGUUACGAGAAGUUAGCGGCGUGGAUUAAGGACAUGGAACGAAAAGUGAAAGAUUUCAACCUCCAGUCGACAUUGGAGGAAAAGCAAUCGCAGGCGGAGAAAUUCUCGUCUUAUAUGCAGGCUAUUCGAGCCAAGCAGCCGGACUUUGACGAGUUCUCUGAACAGGUCCACAGCCUCACGCAAUCAACGUCGGAAACACGCGUCACCUCUCAAGUGUCCCAACUGUCAAACCGUUACCAGUCACUUCAGGUGGCCGUUAAGGAGAUUGUAAAGAAGUGUGAGCAGAAUGUAUCGGAGCAUGAGCUUUACAAGGAGAGCUACUCUGACUGCUCGUCCUGGCUUAGGAAUGCCAAGGAGAAGUCGAAAGACUGCACUGACCUCUCUGGGAGCAGGGCCGAAUUGGACGGGAAGCAGGAUCAAGUCAACGAGCUCCUCAGGAGUAAAGAGGUUGGUUUCGCUAAACUGAACGCAACUGUUGAGUCCGGCGAAAAACUCUACCCCAACACUGCGUCAGAAGGACGUGAGACUGUCCGCCAAGAAUUACGAGGUCUCAAACUCGAAUGGGAGAACUUGUACGAUGAACUCACGACCGCUCAGCGCAAGCUCGAGACGAAUCUCAUGCAGUGGACGUCAAUUGACGAUAGCUUCGGUCAGCUUGAGGAUUGGAUGAAGAAUGUGGAGGGGCAGUUGAGUCUGGAGUUGUUGCUGAAGUCCACUCUGGAGGAGAAGAAGGUCCAGCUCCAGAGCUACAAGACCCUUCACCAAGAUGUCCAGUCCUAUCAGCGUGUCAUCGAUGGCGUCAGCGAUAAGGCGCAGGCCUUGGCCAGCAGUAGCGGCGACCAGAGAAUCGCCGCGCAGUUAUCCGACUACAGGAAGAAGUACAACAACCUGUGCAGCACCGCUAAAGAUUACGUAAAACAGUACGAGGACUUCGUACGCGAACAUCAACAGUAUUAUGACGGGUUUGUCGAGUGUCGCGAUUGGCUGUGCACGAUGAAAGAGAGGCUGUCGAUGUGCGCUGACGUCAGCGGUGACCGGCACGCCGUGCAGAGUCGUCUAGAGAGAAUACAGGACAUGAUGUCGACCAAGCUUGAAGGUGAUCCGAGGGUCAACAACAUUGUUUCAAUGUCGGAGCGAGUGAUUCCAAACACUGCAACGACAGGACGAGACACCAUCAUCCACGAAGUAGAUUCUCUGAAGGCAGACUGGGCGACCUUCAUCAGUGCCUUGUCUGAGACCAAAGCAGACCUUGAGAACAGUGUUGCCCAAUGGAAAGCUUAUGAUGAAAGUUGCGACACCUGCUCUGCCUGGCUGAAGGAAACGGAACACAAACUCAGAGAUGUCGAAUUAAAACCGACUCUUCCCGAAAAACAAGCCCAGUUGGAGAAACUAAAGGCCCUGCAUGCCAAUAUCGUGGACCACCAGGAUGAUUUUGACACCCUGACCGACCGCGCUCAGGCUGUGGUGCGGACAGGUGGAGAUAAGUACGUCUCGAGUCAGGCCUCGCAGCUCAACACAAGAUACGAGACUCUUUGUCAAAACAUCAAGGAGCUACUCCGCCGAUGGGACCAAUACGUCAUCGACAACCAGAACUUUUGCGAGGCUUUCGACGCGUGCAAAGCCUGGCAAAACAACUUCAACAGUCAACUGGACCAAUGUCUCGGCACUGACGGGGACCGUGAUGAAAUCGGAAGCAAACUUGUGCACUUGCAAGACUUGGCAAACAUGCGUGAUGACGGGUUCCGGAAGCUACAAACUGCUGCGGAUAAUCUUCAGAUGGUUCUGCCGAACACGUCGUCGACCGGCCGUGACCAGAUGCGGCGCGACAUGCAGUCGCUGCAGCAGAGCUGGGACAACACCAUGAGUCAGAUGAACGAGAAUAAGGGCAAGUUGGAGAAUUGUCUGUCGCAGUUGUCCAUGUAUGACGAGGGGUCGGAGCAGCUUGCCAAGUGGCUGAACGAGAUGGAGAACUCCGUGAAGCUCGAGACGGAACUCCAGGCGACACUGUCGGAGAAGAAAUCUCAGCUCGAACGAGUCAAGAUUCUGCAACUGAACAUCAACAGCCACCUGGCCUCCGUCAACAACUUGAAUGAGAAGGCGGCCGGCCUGCAGGCAGCGACCAGCGAUACCAGUAUCGCUUCUCAGGUCAACCAGCAGGUGGCACGCUACGAAGUCCUCAUGGAAAAGGUCGGGGACUUGGUGAGGAGGUGUGACAACGGUGUGACCGAGCACCAGGAGUACAAGGACAUCUACGCCGAGGCCUACGAGUGGGUCAACACCGCUAAGGAGAAGUUGGCCUCGUGCAGCGACACGCGUGGUGACAGGUGUAACAUCGAGGCCAAACUCCAAAAGGUCGAGAGCCUGAUGUCUGCCAGCGACACCGGCAAGAACAAGCUCCAAGACGCCGCUCAGAAGGGCGAUGCGACCAUGAUUAACACCAACGACAAUGGCAAGGAGAUGAUCAGGGAGGAGCUGAGAGCUCUCAAGCAAGAUUACGACACGUAUACCAACUCUGUGGAUGAUGUGCUGUCCAACUUGGACAAGCUUCUCCACCAAUGGAUCGAGUAUGAAGACAAGUAUAACGAACUAAACGACUGGCUGAAGGAGACCCAGCUCAACAUCAAGACCGACUCAGACCUCAAGGCCACACUCAAGGAGAAGAACGACCAGCUCAAACAGCACAAGGCCAAGCAUGAAGAGAUUGUUGCCCAGCAGGCGAUGUUCGACGUGUUGAGCGAGAGGGCCCAGAGUCUGCUCCAGAAUAGCGGCGAUCCUAAAGUCUCCACGCAACUUUCUCAACUCAAUGCAAGAUUUGCCGCUUUGUCGUCCGUGUCCAAGGACAUGUUGAAGAAGUUUGAGACCAAUAUGGAGGACCAUCACCAGUAUAAAGAGUCGUACGCCCAGUGCCUCGCCUGGCUGAACGACACCGAGGAGACACUCUCAGUCUGUGCUGAUACGUCGGGGGACAAGUACAGCAUACAGUCACAAUUAGAAAAACUACAGGAAUUUGUUGUCCUGAAAGAAGAAGGCCAGGGCAUGAUUCAUACGACCAACUCCCUCGGAGAGAAGACGAUGACCAACACAAACCUCGAAGGCCGCGACUACAUCCGCCAAGAACUCCACGCAUUGCAGCGGGACUGGGACGAAUUCGUCGCCAAUAUCAGCGACACGAAGAUCACAUUGGAGACGUGUCUGCUGCAAUGGACGGACUUUGACGACAAUAACGAUCAGGUUUUAAAAUGGUUAAAGGAUAUGGAGAAAAAGGUCAGAGAGACUGAACCAAAGGUUGAUUUGAGUGAGAAGAAGGUACAGCUGCAGAAAGCAAAGGGUCAGGACCAGGACAUCGUCUCCCACCAGCACAUGAUCGACUCCGUCCUCGCCAAGGCCCAGGAGCUCGAGCAGAAGAGCCCUGGCAGCCAGCUGGCCAGUCAGAUGGCGGAAGUCAAGGACAAGUAUGACGCAUUGAAAGACAUGGCAGAGGACGCUGUCAAGAAGAAUGAGCAGAUGGUCGAGGACCACCAGGCAUACCAGGAGUCGUGCGCCAACUACAACUCUUGGCUUCGCGGCGCGAGGGAGAAGCUGGCCGCCUGCUCUGACGUCUAUGGCGACAAGGACGCGGUGAAGAAUAAGAUCGACAGGACUAAGGCCCUCGAGGAAGCUAUCCUGGACGGUGAGGAGAAACUAGAAAAAGCUGUGGCCAUGGGCGAGAAGCUCCUGCCCGAUACGUCACUACCUGGACAGAACAGAAUUCGUGCAGAGAUUGACGAAAUGCAGAGAGAAUUCAAUGGGUUCAAGAACGAUCUUGAUGGUGCCGAGAAGAACCUCGACGACUGCCUCGAUAAAUGGGGCGACUUCGAGACUGGCAAGGAUGAAUUCUCAGACUGGAUGAAUGACACAGGAGCCUUCCUCAAGGGCAACAUCCCGCUCCAGCCCACGCUUAAGGAGAAGAAGGAACUGCUCGAGAAAUACCAGGACAAGCACCAAGAAAUCUUGGACCGCCAAAACGAACUCGAUGAGGUGAACCAACGUGCCCAGACUCUCCUUGAGACAAAUGCUGAUGCCCGCAUCUCGCACAAUAUUACACAACUUACAACCAAAUAUCAGGGACUUGUUUCACAAUCUAUGGAGCAAUGCAAGAAGCUCGAGUCGAACCAUGGCGACCACAGCAACUACCAAGAGGCCAUGGACGACUACAACGACUGGCUGCUCGACACCCAGGAGAAGUUGAGAAAGAUCGACCCAUCGUCCAAGGAUAGAGGGGCAGUUGACGCCGGUCUCUCAAAUAUCAUGGAUCUUCAAGCCUCUCUUGAUCAAGGCCACUGCAAGCUGCGCAAUGCGAACACUUAUGGCGAGAAGACCAUUCCAAACACCAGCCGCGAAGGCGUUCGACAGAUCCGAAAGGAUCUCGACGAGGCCAAGGUCGAGUAUGACAAACUCAAGGUCAACAUCACCGAAGAUAAGGCCGAGUUGGAGAAGGCUUCAAGCAAGAUGGCCGAGCUGGACCGCACGCAGAAUCAGGUGGAUACCUGGCUGAAGGAUCUGGAGGCCAAGAUGAAGCAGUUUGAAGACGAUGACGGGAAGGGAGACAAGAGGUCUAAACUGGAAAAAUACAAGGCUAUGAUGCAAGAUCUGUUCGGCCAUGACGUACCAAUCGAGAAGCUCCGGGAGAUGCUGAAGGACUUGAAGGGGACGCCGCUCGGUGAUAAGAUAGAGGAGAUGCUGAGGAGAUACGAUGAGAUAAUGGCCGAAUGCCAGGAAAAUGUUGAUUCGCUCUCGGCAGAAGUCGCCAACAAUGACCAAUUCAAGAAAGAGUACGCCACUGCCAUGGAAUAUGUCCAGCAGGCGCGGCAGAAAUUAGGCCGCUUGAGUGACACGACCGGAGACAAACACGAUAUCCAGGCAAGAAUAUCAAAACUCGGCGGCUUUGGUAAUGAAUUUGACAGCGAACAGUCAAAACUUCUGCAGCCAUUGUUGGAGUUGAGUGAGAAAAUGAUGGAUUCGCUUCCACCGGCUGAGCGGGAGAAGUUACGGAAGGAAAUCGAAGAGUUGAAGAAGGAGUUUGGUGGGGUUGGCGAUGGGAUCCACGACGCCAAGGACAAUAUGGAGAAUUGCGUACUGAAGUGGAAGGAGUACCAAGAUGAGAAGGAUAAGUUCGCGCGCUGGUUGCGGAAUGCUGAGGCAGACUUGAAGGGGGUAAAGGACGGGCAGACGUCACUUGAGGAUAAACAAAAGGCUUUUAGGCAGUGCGAGACGAUUCAUGACGACAUCUCCAACCACAAGCCCGACUUGGACAAGCUGACCGAACUCGCCCAGGCGAUCCGCCAGAACAGUCUCGAUCCUCAGGUCUCCAACGAGAUGAUGCAGAUGUCGACCAAGUACCAGUCUCUUCUCUCUACUGCCAAGGACCUGACCAGUCAAAUGGAACAGGCGGUCAAGGACCAGCGAGCGUACGAGAUCGCAUACGCCGACUGCGCCCAGUGGCUAGAGGGCACCGCCGAUCAGCUCCUGAAGUGCCACGAUACGUCCGGCGAUUGGCAGGAGAUCGAAGGCAGGAUAGACUCUGUCAGGGAGAUCAAUGCCAAUCUCGACAACGGUCACGGCAAGCUGAAUCAAGUGUGCGAAUUCAGCCAAAAGGUCCUGCGCAAUGCCACACCAGAGGGACGCAAGAAAAUACAAGAGCAAAUCGACAAGCUCAAAGAAGCUUGGGACAACCUGCAGGGCAACAUCAACAUCUGCAGCACGAAUCUCGAGAAGUCGUUAAUCAAGUAUAACGAGUAUGAGGAGAGUUACGACCUCAUCUUGAAGUGGAUGCUGGACAUUGAGAAUCUUCUGCUUCCCGAGCCCGAGCACAAGGUGGACCUGAUGGAGAAAAAGCAGCAGCUGGAUAAGUACAAGGCUGCACAAACUGACAUCAACUACCACAAUAAGCAAAUCGACGACCUGGUGGACGUAGCCAAGCAGAUCCAGGCCAGCCACCCUGACAAGGAGCUCAAUCAGUCGGUCUUCGAGAUGAAGGACAAUUACGAUAAGCUAAAGAAGAGAUCUAAUGAGAUUGUGAAGAAACUUCAGGGAGAGUACGACGAGCACCGCGAUUACCAAGAGGGCCUGCAGGACUGCGAGAAGUGGAUCCUACAGAUGUCAUUCCGGAUCAUGUCUCACAAUGCACUCAACGUCAGCUCCAUGGAGUUGUGCAAGAAGCAGAUCGAGAAACAUUCCGCAUUGAUGAGGGAAGUGAAGGCCUACAAGAGCACCAUUGAUAAGCAGAACAGGAAAGGUGAUGACUUGAUCGUACACAACGAUAACCAUCCGCAAUUAGAGACCGAGGUCAAGACGGAACUGGACAACCUCGAUGACAGCUACCAGGCGCUGCAGGCAACAUCCGAGCAGAUCAGAGAUCGCCUCCAAGACAUCCUUGAGAAAUGGAUGGAGUACCAGCAGCUCGUGGACAAGGUCGAGCGAGUCAUGGACCAAGAUAUGACCAUCUGGUGGGUCGGCAAGCGCAAACCGCAGGCCGACUCCAUCGAACAUGCUCACAUACAGAUGCACGAGACAAAGGAGAUGCUUCAGAAGUUACAGGGCUACAAGCAGGACCUUGCCAAUGCUGCCCAUCAGUGCGAGAACGUCGGCAGCAUGGAGAGCUUGGAUCAGUUGGACAAGAAUGAUUCGCCUCUGGCAAGGAGAGCUGAUGGCGUCAACGCGACUGUACAGGAUAAUAUCGACAGGGUCAACGAUCGGUUGGAGCAACUCCAGAAUCUUGUAAAGGAGUGGGAGAACGUUGGCAAGAUGAAGGCAGACUUCCGUGAUUGGUUACGCCAUGAGCAGGCCGAGGUCAAGGACAUCGCUGACCGCCCCGCCAAGUUACACUCCGACGCUGCUGACCUUGAGAAGGAUAGACUCAAGGCUUUGAAGGAGGCGAUAGAGAGGAAGGAGCCAAUGCUGGAAGACAUGUUAGCCAAACAUCGUGCGCUGACUCAACACGAUCCAUCCCUCCGCGACCCCGUCAUCAAAGCGCUACAAGAUGACUACGACGAGACGCUCGGGCGUGUCAACAACUUGCUACAGGACAGGGAACAAGCCGCUCAGAGUAGCCGCGACUAUCAGAAGAGCAAGGACUCCGUUGAUGGUGAUAUGGACGCCCUGGCCGCAGAACUUGAAGCCAUCACAAGGCAGAACGCAUCGCAGCUUGGUUCAGCUCUUGGCAGAUUCAAGGAUGGCCGCUCUUCCAGUCUACUGAGCCUACACACCCAGCUGACUGAUACUGGUACACAGACACCCCGCAACAGUGCCACGCAGACACGGCUUUCCUUACUGAACCGAGGCAGCGUUGACGAUACGAACAUCCCAUUGAGUCAACGAGCAAAGAUCAACUCCAGGGACGUGUCACCUGUCGCAAGACCUGCCUCUUCCUUGGCUAGGAUCGGACCAUCACCAUAUGCUACUGGGACGCCGUUUAUGAAUGGUAAUGCCGCUGAUGAUCUCGGAACCAUUGACGACGAGUACGGUCGCUUGCCUGGUGGCCUAAGGAACAGUGGCGAUAAAGUUGGGCUGUCGCAGCAGUUCUGGCCAUACCGCAGCACAACGGAUACUGCUCAGAAAGGAAAGGGCAAGCCACCCAAGGGUUCUAGUUUGAGCGGAUCCCUGAGGCGUGUUGAUGCGUAUUCCAGCCAGGAUACCGGUAUUGGCGAUGUCUACGGCAGCAUGAGGAAACCCGGGCAUAGCUCUUUAAGUCCAGAUAGGAUGAUGUCAUCCAGUCCGCUCCGCUUCAGCACGCCCGAUUUACGGGUCACCAAAGAUUAUGACGAUGAUGAUAGCAUGGAUACGUUAGAUUUUGGAAUGAAGCGAGGUGAAUAUUCACCACAUGAUUUCCAUACUGGCUAUCUGCACCCAGAGGACAUUCCGACGUUUGACGACUUCACGCAAACGGUUCCGAUUGAUAACAUGUCCACGCAGACACCUGGUAGGCGCCAUAUGGCAAAUCGUGGCGCCCAGACUGGCCCUGGGAGUAAACAAACCAGCCGCCCAGGAAGCGCCCGGUCAGUUCUGAGCAAGAAGUUGGAUGAUAUGGCGCAGCAGGUUGAAAAGUUAAAGCAUUCCGUGGAAGAUUUACAAACUUCUGAUCCAAAGUCGCUCACGAGUCCAGACAAGCGUAAUUUCGACCCUUACCCUCAAGCAGAUGAGACAUGGUCAAGCUGGGGCGAUCUGGAUUCCGAUAAGGAACGCAUACCACAGCGUAACCUUGGCACACAAACCAAGAACAAGCCGUGGCAGAAACCGUGGAAACGCGGCGUAUCUGAUUCUGAGUCUGAGAGAGAUCCACGCCAUUUUGGCUCGCAGACGCCAGGCCAUGCCAAAACACAAACCCCAAGUUAUGCUUCGGUGCAAACGCCUAACAAAAUCAAAGACUUUAAUGAUUACCUCAGACCCAGUUCAAGGGGACCUACACCGAGAAAUUACAUCAGGAAUUCAGACACGGAAUCGUAUGGCAACUGGGAUAGCAAUCCUGCUUUGAACAAGGAUCCUAGGUUGCGGGAUCAUAUGAGUACGCAGACGCCAAAGGGUGCAAGGACGCAGACGCCAUAUGGAAUGGAGUCGCAGACAGAUCCUUACAGCUACAUGGAUUCGCCGACGCAGACCAUGAACCAAGAAAACGCAUUGACCCAGACGCCGUCUCACAGCCAUACACAGACUUCAAAGGGGAAGCUACAUCCCCAUGACCUUCAUCGGAACAAGGGCACACCAAGAGGCACGGCCUUGAAGUCACUUCUUGAUACCAUCAAAAACAUGAGCCACGAACUGGAGGAAAACAACAAAGCCAGAGCCUAUGACUCGGGGUUUUCAUCCGAUAAAAAUCUGGCCAAGUCGGACAGGGAUAGCGAUGUUGAGAGUUUAAGACCAAAGGAGGAUAGGCCGUGGUUGAAAUAUGUUAAUAAGCCGGAUAGUAAGAAGAGGUCGUCGUCUGCUGACAAGCCUAGGUCAAGGUCGAGUUUCCCUCCACCACGAUCGCGUGAUUCUUCUCCAGCUCCUGGGAAAGGUGCGCCAAAGUAUUCGCGGCCACCACACCGAUCGUCGUCGCGGGAUAUGGUGCCAGUGCGAGGCCCGAGGGAUCGGCCGUCGUACCGCGACAUCCCGUCUGAUGUGAGUUCGGAGGCUUCAUAUCAACCACCAUUUAUUCCGGCGUACCAUGUCACACCAGUUCAACCGUACCCACCGCCGGCCGCCUUUCAGCAGCCCGCUUACGUCCCGUCGUUACCCUCAGAGUCUCUAAGUAAGAAAUCUCCGAGUGUACCAAAUGUGCGGCUGUCAUCAAGGGAUUUUGUAAGAGAUUACGAUAAGAAACAGUUCUCGCCCGAGAGACCUGGUUCAAUGAAGGGCAGUAUGUCUGACCUUGGGAAUGCCAUCGACGAUGUCUCAAGAGCCGCAAACGACCUUCGGAAAACUACCAAAAAACUUAAAACGACCUUGGAUGGGGAGGUCGGAUACUAGAAAAUCAAAAUCAUGAUGCUAGCUUAUCUUUAGGUGAUAACUGACAAUGCCGGUAAAGAUUAAUUCAUGGUUUGUGUAGUUAGGUCUUGUUUCACACACUCUUGUGAGAUUUUCAAGUUUGUUUGUGUGAUUUAGACAAUAUCCAAGGAUUUUCAUUGAGAUUGUACACACAGAAAGAUGUGAUCUCCUCUUCUUGUUCUAGAUGGAUUACUGGGCAUACUUUGAAAUUCCACCCUGAGAUAUGGGCUGUUUUCUCGGGAUUCUAAGAUUGACAUCAGUGUCUCCAUUUGUCAGUUGGAGAGAGACUUCGUUAUUCAAUCUGAUUGUUAUGUUCAGAAGUUGCAUCUGCAAGCCUGAAAAUUUGGAUCUGAGGUUGUCUCCCCUGGCACGCAGAUUUGAAACAUUUGGACUUGCAGUGUUAAUUUGAUCUUCAUUUUCCUGCUCUGGCCUUGCAAACUUCUCCAAGGGCUGCAGUUUUCUGUAACGCCUUAUGGCUAUGAGAAAAAAAACUUGAGUAGAGGAUUCAUUGGUUCCAAUUUAGUUCCAGUGCAAUGGUAAAGGGUACCUUCUGUCACGAUAUGAGCAUGCAGAUUCAUAAAGGGCUACAAAGUUCUGUGUGAUCAAAUCAUGGGGCAGAAUGUCCUUUUGUCGUGUAGGGAAUUAAGUGGGCCAGGUGAAGUCUUUGAAACUGGCAUUGAGGACCUAGGUGGACAAAAGGACGAUGCGAAUCCACUUCCUACUGGAAUUGGUUUUCCAGUUUCAAGAUUGCUAUGUGCAGUUCAUGUUUAAGGGAAGGAAUUUAUCCUACAAGGUUUGAUGGAGUAAAGGUUACUUUAGGACCUACCAUAGUCCCUGAUCCUGCCUCGGAAUUAGGAAGGAAAAAUUGCCUUGGACUAAACAGUUAGGCAGGACAUUUGCUCCCGUCCUUUGGAAAUGUCCCUUUUUUGUAUUUAUGUAUUUUAGGAUGUUACAGACUUUGAAGAUAUGGGUUCCAAAUUCAAAGCAAGCAAAAUGUGAUAGUUGUCGUAAUGUGAUGAGACGUUGUUGUGUAUGUAGGUGUAGUUUAGUAGCAUUGUUGUUGAUGAAGAAGACAAAGCAUCUGAUGAAACUGGUUUUAAUUAGUGUUUAAUUAGGAUUGUGAGACUGUAACGCUUCCAUGGAAAGCAGAAGUCAGUGGAUGUAUAUGUAUAGUAUAUAUUGCCUUAGUCUUUCUUUGACUUGAAAAAAACGAAAGGUUAGGCUUUUGUGUUUGAAAGAAAGGAAAGUGAAAAAGUGGAAAACAUGUAAAAGAGGACUGUUUGGUAAUUAAACAUUUAAUUAUUAUGAGUUUUAUCGGAUAUGCCACUCUAUGGGUUACUUGUUGAAUUAAGAUUAUUAAUCAAGUCUUCCAAAGUUGCAUGUUGUCUGUGGAUUUAAAAAUAUAGCAAGUAGAAAAUUGUGAAUAAAAAAGAUGGUUUUGUAUUCUGAGUUGAUAAUUAUGAGAUAAGUAUUAUUAUAAUGUCGACCACCUUGAAUUAUAAUAUGCUCACCAGUAUAAUGCUGGCAUUGAAACACCAAUUUAGAUGGAUCAUUUCACGGAGAUGCAGUCGUGGACUCUUAACCUACAUGCUACAAUUAAGUGUUUUCUAGAGUCUGACGAGAUUGAAGAAUUUUUCCGUACUUUUGCAUAUUUGUAUAUUUUGCAGUACAGUGAAAUUACGGCUGUUAAUACUGUGCUUAAACUGGUGCCAGAUUAUAUGAGAAUUUAAAUCUUAAGUUACUUAUAUAGUUCCGAUUCAGUUCAGUUUUGUAGUUGCCAUGACAACCAUCAGAGGAACAAAAGUAGAUUAAUCAAAACCGUCCUAUGACUCAUAUUUCACUGGUUUUAAAGAUCAGAUUUUCUGAUAAUGCACAGAAAAAUUAAUUGUUGACAGACGUGUACAUUCCAUUUUCAAAUAUCGAAUUCCAUAUACCGACAAAUCAAAGGCGUGUAGAGUUAAAAAUAUUAUUUAUUGUCAAAUAAUCCAGAUGCCAAAAAGAUUAAUUAUUUAUAAAUUAGUUGAUAUGUGUAUACACUGCUGAGGGGUAUGUUUUUUUGCAUGUUGUACAUUUCGUCACUUUUUGCAUUGAAAUUGACAAUGAUUGAUGACUAUUUGGAACGGGGAUGCCAAUUCCAGAUGCAAAGAGUCAUACUUUUUCAUUGCAAAUAUAUAUCAUCAUGAGUGCUGUGAAUAUAAUGUAUUUUGUACAAAUUAUAUGUAAACUUCAUACAGAUUAUAUGUAAAGAAGAGGGGCACUGGUCAGCCCGUGCUGAUUACAACAUAGGCUUAAGAUAAUUAGUAGCAUUAUUUAUUUCUAGAUAUUUUCAGAUGAUUUAUCUUUAUGUCCCUUUCUGAUUCCGUCCAAUUUUGUUUAUGAUUGUAACAUAUUUUGCUUUGAGAAUUUAUUUCGAGUGGUUUUGUUAGCUUUAGUUGAAGAUUCUGUAGCGCUACAUGUACAUUUCGUGUAGUUUAGAGAAUAGAAUUUGAAUAAUUUAGUCUGGAUAAUCGUAAGAAGAAGACUUUAGUGAUUUGUUGAUCUUGACCCCCUUGAGUUCCCAAUCUGAUCUCGGGCCAAUUAAUGCUUUACAUGUGUACAGAUUGGAGACGAAAUCCCCUGACAUUCCGUUAAGGAUGCAAGAUUCAAAUAUGUUAUGUUUUUGGCCGAGUUUCGUUUCGUUAAGAGAGCUAAUCCACGAUCUCCGCAGACUACAGUACCGUUCACAUAUGACUUCAUCAAUGCAAUGGUCACCUCAAGUGUUCUCAACACUUGAACUUUGGCCCUAUAUUUUUAGUUAACGGUGCUGAUCUGUACAAGCAGGCAUCCCAGAUUCCAAAUCCGAACCAUAAUUUACAAAUUUCUUUUACAUUUCCAUGACGUCCAUUGAUUCCAUCCAAAAUGACAGCGAUGACGAAUUUUUAUUCUGACCAGUGCUCCGCGUCCAUUAUUGUAAAGAGAUUUUAUCAGAUUGUUUAUUUUUACUGUCCAAUCAUAUCAUUCAUGUACAGUUUUCUUGGUCAAAAUACAUCUGUUUAGUAAACCACUAUUAGGGAGUUUUACAAUUCAGACUUUAACCCUUUGAAGACUGAAAGGAAGGUUGGGAAAAAUGGAAACAAUUUGCUGACACUUUUCGUCAAAUUUCUAUAUUUCCAGAUAAUUUCAGCUCUUACGAUCACCAUCAUCAAGGGGUUAAUUGUUGUAUAUGAUAUUUUGUGCUCUUUCCCUGAACUUUCCCUGGUACUUUAUGAUGUAUGUACAAAAAUGAAGUUAGUCUGUAGAUAGUCUAUGAAUCAUUUUCAUGUCAGAGUGCCUUUUCUAUCAGAAUAAAAUUACACUAGACAGAUACA